AUGGCUUCUAUUUCAGUUUCCGAACUGGGCAGCAACAAGCAGUCUCUUCCAAAAAAAACUCCAAUACAACCAAAUCCAGAGGAAAACAAGGAAUGUGGCGGUGUUUCCUGUUCCUCCUCUCACGUGAUAUGCUUGAAAGUCAAUCAAGAACAAGGAUUAAGACAAAAGCUACACACCUCUUGCAGAGCAUUUAUACAAUACUGUUCAGCGGAGAUACUUUGUCCACAAGAAGAUCGCUCUGCAUUGGCAGUUAAGUUAUAUGGAAUUCAUGCAGCACUGUUAUCAGCUUUGGGAAAUCCAUUUGAAAAUCUAUCAAAAUCCAUUACCUCAAGAAACACUUCACAAAUGCAUGUAGUUAGCUCAGAGAAAGCAUUUAUUGGUUUCUUACCAGCAAUGAUAUGGAGUGGAAUGAUUACAGUGAGCUUUCUAUACUCAGUGAUGGUAGUUUGGUCAUUGAAUUAUCGGGUUCCUACUAUCUCUAUGUUAUGUCUUUCUCUUUUGUACUGUUUCUCUGUGUUGGUGGCUGCUGCUUCAGGGGUUGACGUUAUAUGUGGCGCGUUUAGAAUUAAUGGCAUUUUAUUUGCUUCUUUAGGGGUUCUUACUUUUGUUACCAUCCUUUUUGUUUUGGUUAUGUUUCUCCUUUUUGUCUGCUGGCUACGUACAAAUGCUGUUAACUCCCCAAUUGCUAUCCACACCAACAUAGAUGGGACCAUUGAUGAAAUGUCUGAAACAGCUCCGUUGGACCAGCCCAAGCAGAAGAGAGAAUUCAAGAGAGUUAGGAACAGGCCCAAAUAUCUUAGCGACUAUGUUUAA